UGCCGAUAGACCCUGGUUGCCCUCACACUGGUGCACAACACAGGUGUGACUGCAUCUGACCUGUUAAUCAUCAGCGCGGUACAGACAUCAGUUUCAGUCUUUAUCUCAGACAUUUGACUUACACUUGGCUAUCUACUUUUAUCUGCUUUGUGCAUCUUUGGCAGCUCCACUUUAGGAGCACUUUUGGACUUUCUGAUUCAGACUAGUUACAGAGCAGCACAUUUUUAAGUGUGCAUUGACAAAAAGCUAGAAAGAUGAAUUUUGAUGAAAUUCUCAGUCUUAUUGGAGGCUUUGGGAAGUUCCAGAAGAUCUUGUACGUAUGGAUCUGUCUACCUCAGAUCUUUCUAGCAUUCCACAUGCUGGUCUCUGUCUUCACUGGAGCUGUUCCUCCACAUUUAUGCCGCUCUUCGUGGCCCUCAGCGGGUGCUCCAGCCUCUUCGAACUUCACCUUCAGCCAUUUAUCUGCCCCUGGUGGUCAGCCUGACCUGUCCUGCUCUGUUCCAUUGAACCACAGCAUUGCUGUGGCUCUUGACAGUGGACACCCUACUGGGAGCUGCCAGGGCGGCUGGGAAUACAGCAAAGAGACCUUCCAAAGCACCAUAGUAACUGAGUGGGACCUGGUUUGUGACAGCGCCAGCCUGAACAACGUGGGCUCCUCCAUAUACAUGCUUGGCCUCCUAGUUGGAGCUGUUGUCUUUGGGAGCUUAGCUGAUAAGUACGGUCGCAGGAUAGUCAUUCUCUUGAACCUGGCUAUCCAGGUCAUCUUUGGGGUUGGUGCUGCUUUCGCCCCUAAUUUCUACGUCUACAUUGCCCUUCGCUUUAUGAUUGGAACAUCCAUCUCUGGUGUCAUCAUGAAUGCCUUUGUCCUAGGCACAGAAUGGACAGGAUCUAAGCAGCGGAUGUUGGCUGGUAUAAUCACCGACUACUUUUUCGGCGUUGGCUACAUUCUGCUUGCCGGGGUGGCGUACCUCAUAAGAGACUGGCGUAAACUGCAGCUGGCUAUCUCAGCACCUGGUUUCCUCUUCAUCUUUUACAUCUGGGUGUUGCCAAAGUCAGCCCGCUGGUUAAUGGCCAAUGACAGACAAGAGGAAGCAUGGGAACUGAUCCGGAAAGCAGCGCAGAUGAAUGGAAAGCCCCUCACCAAACAAUUAGAGAUCUGUCAGGUUUAUAAAAUUGAGGAGAAAAGUGAGGAGAAGAAAAAAUACUCAUUCAUUGACCUUGUUCGAACCCCCAAAAUGAGGAAGCAUUCUCUGAUUGUUUUUUAUCUGUGGUUUGCCAAUGUGCUCGUGUACUACGGCCUGUCUCUCAACAUUUCUGACUUUGGAAUGAACAUCUAUCUGACCCACAUGAUCUUUGGCCUGGUGGAGAUGCCUGCACGCACCAUCACCCUGUUCACCCUCAACCGCUCCCGCAAGAUCUCCCAGCUGGCCUUCCUGGCUGUGGGUGGCACAGCCUGCCUGCUCACCAUCUUCAUCCCCAGUGACCUGUCUGUCAUUAAAACCGUGCUGGCCAUGAUUGGGAAGUUUGGGAUCACAGCCUCUCUUUCCAUUAUUUACGUGUACUCAGCGGAGGUGUUCCCCACUAUUAUCAGACAGAAUGGGAUCGGUAUUGGCUCCAUGUGCGCUCGGAUCGGAGGAGUCCUGGCUCCCAUGCUGUACCUUCUGAGGAGCAUAAGUCCGCACGCUCCCAUGGUGCUGUGUGGCCUCUGCCCUCUGCUGGGCUCUGUCCUCACCCUGCUGCUACCUGAGACAGCCAACAAGCCCCUGCCUGACACCAUCGAAGACGUAGAGGGAUCCGACCUCAGUGAGGGCGGCAGUCUGAAGCAAGUCGUCUUUGAGAAGGACGUCGUCGGCAGCACCAGGAUUGACUGCUGAGAUGAGCUGCUACAUCUCAUGAGACAGUCACUACUUUUCAGGCCUUUUCCAAAGGCAAACGUCUAUGCUUCCAGGGGAAGUUAACAUGGGACUUUGUUUUUCAGAUUCUGAACACUAGAGCAGUUUGUGUCGAAGUGUUUUUACUCUUUUUCACUAUAUUUUGUAUAAGUUUGUUUUUAUAUGUUGUAAGUGGAAUGGAACAACUAAUAUUAAUACAAUUAAUAUUGUAAUAUUAAGAAUAAAAUGUACAGAGAAAAUUAA